UCAAGACAACAUUUGCUUCCCCCUGUUACAGUCCUCAUUACAUUCUACUUCACGUUGACCUCGCUCUUUUCUACCCGCAGCAGGUGGCUAUUUGGCCUUAGUCGGACGCUUCUUCCCGCCAGGAUAGAUUCGACGGCUCUCGUGGAGGUGGGGCUGACCGGCCCUGAGCUGGCCGCGUCCCCCGCCGCUCCUGCGCCUUCGGAACCCCCGACGCAUUCUCCACCAGCCCUGUUGCUUCAACAGGGAGCAGCCCUAUGGCAGCCGCACCUUGGUGGGCGUCUUGACAUACGAGGCAACGGAUGCGCGCCACUAGACGAUCACCAUCAUAUCGGCGACUCUACCCAGUCCCCUUCUCCGGUACCAUUGCCUCAUCAUCAUCGUCGUGUCCAACAUCACCGCGAGGAGCCACCUGACCAUCACGACCCGGCAGAGCAUAGCGACACCAACGACAACUGCGAAGAGGUCGACCCUGACGUGGGCGCCGAAGGCGAUCGAAACCCGGGCGGUCGCUGCCAGUCGGUUGAGCCAAUCGACGCUGAAGGCAACGCAGACGUUGGCGGUGACGGUGACGACGAGGCUGGAGACGACGAGAACGAUCUCGUUCGGUCAACAAACGUUGAACCUAAUUUUGCCACGACGGAUACACGAGUGCCAGGUGUGGGGACUGGGGCAGGCGACGAAGACUCGAUCUCUGCGCUACAACAAAUGACCUCGUGGCACGAGCACCGAUACGCGUCGCCGCCGAAAUCGCCGACGCCGCACUUCAUCGUCGAUAUUCUCGGCAUCCAAAAGAGAGCGGUGAGCACAGCGCAUUCAGCUAAUCGGCCUUUGAAUCUCGUUGCAAUCGAUGGCGACUGUUCAAAUUCGCCGCCGUGCUCACCCCCGCUGCGGCAGCACGCAGGUAACCUGCAGCAGCGCCAUCAGCAGGUGGCAGUCGAAGCUCUUGCUGGAGCCGGCCAACCUGGUAAUCAUCCGUCGCACCUUUUGGGCGCUUUCUUCCAAAAUGGAGGCAGUACAAAGAAUACGGGAGCUCCCUCACCGCUACCUGCACACGUCGCUCCUCGAGGACUCACCUUCGACGACGAGAAAGCGUUCCUGAAUAAUAACAAUAAUAGCAGUAACAACAACAAUAACACGACCACCAAUACGACGAGCGUCGACGGGACAACGAAAAGGGCCCGGUUGAUGGGCAUCGGAGCGCCUUCACUUGGCACUCUGGGGGACUCCAGUCCUCCAAUGUCGCCGCUAGCGUUGACCACGUCUCCAGCUGUCGAUUCCGACUGCUCGUCAUCGGAUAAUACGACCAGUGGGGUUGGACCCGGUGGACCCGGGUCCAAUUCACAGAAUCAGAGCCCCGCUGAUCGUGACAAGGCAGCUGCGCUCGCUCAGCAACAGCGCAAGAAGAAGGCACGCACCACGUUCACCGGCCGGCAGAUCUUCGAGCUCGAGAAACAGUUCGAGCUCAAGAAGUACCUCUCGUCCAGCGAACGCGCAGAAAUGGCCAAGUUGCUCAACGUCACCGAGACGCAGGUAAAAAUCUGGUUUCAAAAUAGGCGCACCAAAUGGAAGAAGCAGGACGGCAUUUCGAACGCCGAAGCCGCCGAACUCAAGAUGGGAGAAAAGGCGAAGAGCAAGCUCCAGGCGCAGGCUGCCAAACAAGCCGCCGCAGCUGCCGCCCACAAGGCGUCAGCUCUGUCGGCGUUAUCGGCGCAGGUGUCGGCGCAACUGCAAGCGCCACCACCGGCGCAUCAUCCCCAUAGCGUUCACCAUACCAAUUCCCUAUCCAACUCGCACAGCCAUUCGCACCAGCUACAGCACCUACACCAGCUCGCCGCCCUUUCGUCCGCCGCAGCUGUCAGUGCAGAACUAUCCUCCGCUUUCGGCGCUCCGGACCUUGCCGGGCGUCAACCACCGCCCCAUCCGCCGGCCGAACUUCGAUUAAGGCAAAUGGAGCUGUCUGGGCUAUCUGGCUUCCACGGUGGUCGUUCCCUGUUGGAGCCAUCGCGCAGCCCGUGUCGCAGUCCGCUCACAUCAGCCGAGAACAUCUCGAAGUGCCUGCAGGUGCCGCCAGGUUCUGGCGACCAACGACUCACCCCUUCGACGCUCCCGCCUACGCUGCAACUGCGUGCCGCAGCUGCACUUCAACAGCUGCACUCCGACGACGAGGACGAUGACGAAGAGAUCGACCCGUGCGGGAGCUAACUCAUGCUAUCCUCGUCACUGAGUUAGCCCCUCCGUUCAUCAUUAUCCCGCAUGGGUGCACUACAGCGUCAGAGACGACAUAACAACAAAAACAUUAUCAUCAACAGUAAAUAUAAAAACCUACCCCCCUAUUUAUUAUAAUCAUAAAUCAAUACAGAGCUACCAUCCUAUUGUCAAAUCGUCGGUGAAUCGUUGAAGAAUAAGGCACCACACAUACACGUACACACACACACACACACACACACAUACACACACACACACACACACAC